AUGGAGAUCAAACGCAAAAGCGACUGGGGUAUGGAUGAGAUGAGCGGCGAAGCCAAGAUCGAAGGAUUUGCCGAGAUUCUUGGUGUGGGCGUGUGUAGUCCAAUUCGCAAGGAUUUGUCCGAAGUAGAGAGUCUGUUUCGAUCUGGAAAAUGGACAUUGACGAGAAAACAAGCCGAUGCUGGCAAAAGACCCGUCGUUUGCCGCGUCGUCUGUCGGAGGUUAGCACCUCUGGAGGCCGAACUACAUACAUAG